CCAGUUGAACACUCGAUCUUGAAGCCCCAUCCGUACAUUGCAGGCGCAUUGCUACACCUCACCGCAGACCGAUCCGAGGAUACAUACAGUCAAGAUGCCGUGUGGACUUGGAGGAAGCAAAACUACGCAGCGGAAACUGGUCUUAUUAGGAGACGGAGCAUGUGGAAAGACGAGUUUACUGAACGUUUUCACAAGAGGCUACUUCCCCACCGUCUACGAACCCACCGUAUUCGAAAACUACGUCCACGACAUCUUCGUCGAUAAUGUACACAUCGAACUCUCGCUCUGGGACACGGCCGGCCAAGAAGAAUUCGACCGUCUGCGCUCGCUCUCCUACGACGACACGCACGCCAUCAUGCUCUGCUUCAGCGUCGACAGCAAAGACUCGCUCGAGAACGUCGAAUCCAAGUGGGUCGGGGAGAUCGCCGAGAACUGCCAAGGCGUGAAACUCGUGCUGGUGGCCCUGAAAUGCGAUCUCCGCGAGCAAUCGGCCGACGACGAAGCCGCGGCAGAGGAAGGCGGCCAGCAGAGGGAAAAGAAGGAGAUGAUCAACUAUAAUCAAGGGCUCGAGGUCGCGCGGAGGAUCGGCGCCCUGAGGUAUCUGGAGUGUUCGGCGAUGCGGAAUCGGGGCGUCAAUGAGGCGUUUACGGAGGCUGCGAGGGUGGCGUUGAGCGUGAAGCCGAAUGGGGGGAAGGACGACUCGAAGUGUAAUAUCAUGUGAGAUUUCUGCGUGGGAGUGGAGGAGAAUGGAGAAUAUGGGGACCACAUGGGAGUCGGGGCGUUGGAGGUCUAAUGAGCGUUUCCUUUGCUGCGGAUUAACGUGUGCGCCUCUUCUUUGUUUUUCUGGUACAUGGUACAUAUUUUCUUCUUCUUUCGAGGGAUGGAUGGACGGUUGAGGUUCGGAUUUGGUCUCAGGACUCAAAUUUCACGGCCAGACGAAGCAAACAAUUCCCCAAUACCAACCAACCAACCUUCUCUUCAACAUUCCCAGGCGUUUGUUCUGCAUACCCAUCAGCCAAUCACGGAAACCUUCUUCCUUUA